GUGUCUAAGUUUAAUGCAAAAAAAAAAAAUUAAACAAAGCAUUCAAACUAAAGCGAUAAGCUACAGAGCAAAAGAGCUGGGCGCGACGCCAUAAGUGACGACGACGAAUUGAAAGGGCGGUUUUCUUUCUUUAUAUUUGCCAGCUGGCGAUAAGCUUGGAAGGGUUUAUGGCAUUGCAUUUUGUAGCGGCGGACGCAUGCUGAUUUUAUGAGUUAUUCGAUAUGACCUUCCUUCCCUAAGUGGUUCUUUUUUUAUUUUUAUUAUUUUUUUUAUGCAACUGGUGAGAACUGGAGUUUUAGAAUUUCGUUGAUUAAAGUCAGUUGUGAUUGCCGCACGAAAGCGAGUUGAAUAGUACUUUUAAAGAUUCUAAAGAAAUAUCGCGGAAGAGCUUUUCGAAAAAGAAAACCCAAAAAGUGUAAAUAUUUCUUCCAUUUUAAAAGUUUAGUAAUGCGCGUGCGAUCGUUGAAUUUUUAUCAAAAAAAAAAAUUAAGGUCAUUUCAGAGUUAGGCAACUUUGUUAGUUUAAAGCAGCACAACAACAACAACAAUAAAUGCAAAGUUAAUAUCACAUAACAAAUAGUAUUCGUCGUGCAGCAAGUAUGCGUACGAAAAUAGCAACGAUAACAGCAACAACAACAACAACAACAACAAACCCCUGCAAUCCGCUCAAAACUAAGCCACAGCCCACAUCGCUACCAGUAUCCGAGCGGCUACGCUUCUUCACCAACCUCGCCGAGGCGGCCAACCGCAGUGCUUCCAAUUCCUAUACACGCAGCCCACCGCAGCACUAUUUCUCCACCGACCGCUGUGGCAGCGCCAACUCUUACACCAACCAAAAUUCGUUCACAUUCACGCCUCGCAGCAGCUUAAACGGUAGCGGCAGCACUAGCAAUAGCAGCGCCAGCGUCACGCCCACACCCAUGGAGUGCUAUUCGCCACCGUUAUUGGAGCCACAACUUAUUUCAAUUAACGAAAUCGAUUCAGCGCUGCAGAUGGAGGAGCAUAACGACGAUGAGUUGGUGGAAAGCGCGUAUAGGUCAUCGCACCAGACUUCAGCAUUCAUCAAGUUGACCAAGUCAAGCUCACAAACAUUACUACCAUCGGUUUUGGCGCAUCGCUUGGACAUGUCCGCGCCAGCUCCGGCCACGGCGCCGACUGCAGCUAUAACUUCGCCUGAUGCGCUAACGCCUGUUGCGCGCCGCAUCAAAAUGAAAACCAUUGGCAAGCUGCUUUUGCCGCAGACGUUCCUCAACAACGAGCGCAAUAGCAAUCAGCACAACAAUAAUAACAAUAGCAGUAACAACAACUACAACAACAACAACAUGAGUGGUAGUCACAUGAUGGCUAACGGCAGCAACAACGACACCUGCGAUAGCGAAUGCAGCAGCAUCGAUUUGGGCAGCAAGCCACCGCCACAGCUCAAGAAAAUUGGCAAAAUAAAGUCACCAUUCAUUGAGAAUUGCCUGCAGAUGCAGCAGAAGCACCACCAGCUGAACUCGAAGUGCAUGAAAUAUGAUCACAAAUCGACGCCGCACAACAACGCGCUCGCCGCGCUGGAAAAUAAUGUCGCCAAUGGGGGUGGCGGUGGCGGUGAGCGCGACGUCAAUUCGUUGCCGCUCAGCAAAUCGCUGCAGAAUGGCAAUGCGGCACAGCUGGCGGCACGCGUGAACAGCAACGAGGACAACAAUGCAGACUCUGGCAAGGAGAAUAACUACUGCGACACACAGCAUACAGCGCCGCUGUUAAUACUUUCACCAAGCGCCUCUGGCGUGACAGAGCAAACGCGCUCGCCCGUGGUGGAGAUGCGCAAGAAGUUUUCGCGCAUAAUGAGCAAUGCUUCGUUGUCGGCGUUAAUGUUACAGCGUCACACCACACACGCUGUUAGCGGCGCAAAUGAUAGCGGCAGCGCCGCCAUCAAGUUAAACGGCAGUGCUAACAACAGCUGCAGCAGCGGCAGCAGCGCGUCUACAACGCCGCGCAACUCGAUUAUAGACGAAAAGUUUGCUAAGUACUUUGGACUCACAUCCAACGCAGGCAGCCACAAUCAGCGGGCGUCAACCGCAGCUGCAAACAAUAAUGCAACCUCGAACGGCAGUGCGCGCCUACUGGACGCUGGCGAAAAGAGCGCAACGCUGCGGAGCGCGCCAAAGUAUCCACCGCUACCGCCACCAGAUUUUUGUCACACAAUGAAUGGCGCCUCCUUUGUGAGCGCACUAACGCCAAUGGAAACCAGUAGUGCCGCGCACUCGACACCGCUUGAGGCGCUCAAUCAUCAUGUGCGUAGCAGCACAAAUAUAGCAUACUACACACCGCCUACGGCGAGCAGUUACGAGACAACCAACGGCAGCGCUGCUGGGCACGCGGCAUCGAGCGUGACAUCGACUACCGCGUCGCAAAGGCGCCGCGACAUGGCGAAACGGCAGCGCGCCCACACAACUAACGUCACUUUCACGCCCACUUCAAGCGUUCAAGCGGCAACGAGUGCACAGGCGCAUGAAGUUACACCGAGCGCAGGACGCGCGCGUGUAUUGCGUGCGCGUGCGCUAACACUGACACAUGGCGUACCGUUGCCGGAGGUAAAGCGCUUUGAGGAUAUUGUGGUGACUAAAGAAGAAUUGCAAUUGGCGUCCAAAGAGUUUGAGCGUAUAUUCUUGGGUAUCAAUUAAGCGCGCAAGGAAGUGAGUUGAGCGCGCGUGUGCGCUGGUAUGCAAAGAAUGCUGAUUAGUCAAUGAGCAGAGUCAGAAAAGCAGUCUAGGCGUUGAAUGUGGCGAACUGUGCGACGACGACAGUGUGGAAUGUUUUGCUUGCCAAAAGGAUAUAGAAUUUAAAAUUUAUAAUACAUAUAUUGUUAAAUUAUUA